AGCACGAAUGAAAAUAAUCAAGCCAUGGAGGGACUGAGCGGGAACUGUCCUGCUUCUCAUUGCAGGGAGCUGAUAUCUCACCCCGGACUAGGUCGACACUCUGGGACUCUCAUGCCCCACCAGAGCUCCAUAUACCCCGAGAUCUCAUCUCAGGAGGGCGGAAGGCAAUGUCCCGGGCCUCAGACACCGUCAUCUGCGGCGUCUUUGGGUUAUAGUUACCCUUACCCCUACUACGAAUGCAGGUUGAGCCAUUCUCACGGAGUGAACGUCCAGAAGACCUACCACCCAGCCGAGAAAUACACCGAACCCGGCGAGGAGCUCUCCAACCGGGCCAAAGAACUGGCUUUUUACCAGGGUUUUGCUGGUUCCUACCAAACCGUCCCGGGAUAUUUGGACGUGGCCGUCAUGCCAGGGAUCGGUGCCCACCCUGAAGUGAGACACGAAAGUUUAAUCCCGAUGGAUGGAUAUAAUCACUGGGCGCUGAGCAACACUUGGGACGGACAAGUGUGUUUUUCCAAAGAGCAGAGUCAACAAAGCCACCUCUGGAAGUCGCCCUUCCCAGAAGUGGUGCCACUCCAACCGGAAGUCAGCAGCUACCGACGUGGCCGCAAGAAGCGAGUGCCAUACACCAAGAUGCAGCUAAAAGAGCUGGAAAAGGAGUACGCGUCCAACAAAUUCAUCACCAAAGACAAAAGGAGAAGAAUCUCCACAGUCACAAACCUCUCUGAGAGACAAGUUACCAUCUGGUUUCAGAACCGACGAGUCAAGGAAAAGAAAAUCGUCUGCAAACCGAAGUCCGGCGGCCAUGUGCAUGCUAACUAAAGCUAGCUUCUCUUUUUUAGGACUCGAGUCUAAAAAAUUACAUAAAAAUCGACGUUUAAUAACCCCCAAUAAUAAAAAAAAAGGUUAAAAUAUGGCUGAUUUACAUGAUCUAAUGGGUUAAUGUGAAACAUGGGAAG